AUGAAUGAGGUGGGUACCCUGGUGACAGCAGAUAAAGAGAAGGUGGAGUUACUGAAUGCCUUCUUUGUCUAUAAUGCCAGAGGCUCUCCUGAGGAGCCCCAUACCCCUGAGGCCCCAGAUGCCGGAAUAAAGGAGGAGUUUGCCUUGGUUGAUGAGGGCUGGAUUAAGGACCAAUUAAGCAAGCUCGACAUCCAUAAGUCCAUGGAUCCUGAUGGGAUGCAUCUGCAGGUGCUGAGGGACCUAGUGGAAGUCUUUGCUAGACCACUCUCCAUCAUCUUUGCUAAAUCAUUGGAGGAGGUCCAUGAAAAAGUAAAACAAAUAGAACAUGAUCAGAAGCUGCAAAAUAUCUCCAGGACUAAAGUACGCCAAGCUGAUAAUAUGAAAGAGGAAAAGAAGAUAGUACAUCAUUUGCUGUACCCAGACUCAGCUCUGUUCAAACGCUGGGGUGCAGAUUUAAGUGAAGAGGAGCAAACUGUUGCACAGGAGCUGUUCUUAAAAUAUGGGUAUAAUGUAUAUAUCAGUGAUCAUCUGCCUCUGGACCGACCUAUCACAGACACCAGAUCUCCCAGCUGUAAAAAGAAGAUAUAUCCCAAAGAUCUUCCAACAAUUAGUGUUGUACUUAUAUUUAUGAAUGAAGCACUGUCAAUCAUCUUACGUGCAAUUACCAGUAUAAUUAAUCGAACACCUGCUCAUUUAUUGAAAGAAAUCAUCCUGGUGGAUGAUUACAGUUCAAAUGAUGAUCUGAAAGGACCUUUGGAAACACAGAUUAAAAAUUACAAUGCAAAACAUCCUGGACUGCUGAAAAUUGUCAGACAUGAGAAAAGACAAGGACUAACACAAGCCCGGAUUUCUGGCUGGGAGGCAUCAACAGCAGAUGUUGUUGCAAUUUUGGAUGCCCAUAUUGAAGUGAACAUGGCUUGGGCUGAACCUAUUUUGUCUCGAAUAAAAGAAGAUCGCACUGUUAUAAUAUCACCGGUAUUUGACAAUAUUCGUUUUGAUGACUUUGAGCUUCUUCAGUAUUCAGUGGCUGCAGAUGGAUUUGACUGGGCACUCUGGUGCCUUUAUGAACCUUUACCGGAUGAAUGGUAUGCUCUUAAAGAUGAAACAGCUCCAGUCCGGAGCCCAUCUAUAAUGGGAAUUCUUGCUGCAGAUAGAAAAUUUCUGGGUGAGAUUGGUGUACUGGAUGGUGGAAUGCAUAUAUAUGGAGGAGAAAAUGUUGAACUUGGCCUGAGGGCCUGGCAGUGUGGAGGUAAAAUAGAAGUACUGCCCUGUUCGAGAAUUGCUCAUUUGGAAAGAGCCCACAAGCCUUACUUGCCGGACUUGAGUAUUGCAGUGAAACGCAAUGCCUUGCGAGUAGCAGAAGUAUGGAUGGAUGACUACAAGUACAUGGUCUACUUUGCAUGGAAUCUUCCAAUUGAGAAUUCUGGAAUAGACUAUGGAGAUGUUUCUUCCAGAAAAGAGCUAAGGAAAAAACUGAACUGUAAAGGCUUUGACUGGUACAUAAAAAAUGUUUACCCUAAUUUAAGAUUUCUUCCCAACAUUGUUGGCUAUGGAACAAUGAAAAAUGCAUUGAAAGAAGACAUCUGUAUUGAUCAAGGUCCAGUCCCUGGAAACACACCAAUUAUGUAUCCCUGUCAUGCAUACUCACCACAGCACGUGUUUUAUCACAGCACAGGAGAAAUGUACAUAGGAGGUUUACGUGCCCGACUAAAUGCAGUUGAUCGAUGUGUAACAGACCCUGGGAGCAGGGACCUGCCAAUUUUAGAGCAAUGUGACAUAGCUGUGAGUAAAGGCCUGAACUUGCACUGGGAUUUUAAGCAGGGAUCAGCUGUAAUCAACAGAAACACUAAAAGAUGCCUUGAAAUCACAGCAGACAAUACAGGUACAUACAGACUUGUAAUGCAGACCUGCACGGGACAAAGGUGGAAUAUUCAACACACAGUAAAGGACUGGGGAAAGACCAAAGAUCUGGAACACAGGAUACAGCAGUGAAAGCGUUUAAUUGAGGAUCUUUUUCUUUGAAAAUUGCUAUGUUCAUAACACAGCACUGAAAGCAGUGAACUGAAGUUUGAUAGGGUUUUUACACGGGUUUUGCAAGGGUUUUUACAAUGUGUUACUUAC